AUGGCAGGCACAAAGAUGCAUUUUCACGGUGUUUCAAGAGACUUGUUGACCAAGUGGAAGAAACCAAUCAUUAUUGGACUUGCAGCUGAAAUCACUUUGAUGUGGGGUAUUUAUGAAGCCUAUUACUUCAACUACAACAUGAACAAGAACAAGUAUGCCAGCUAUUUGGAAAAUAGACACAGAGGUUUGAAGCCACCAUAUGAAGUUGACUACAACACCUCCUCCGGAUCAGUCUACAAGGUUGAUUGGAAGAGCUUCAGAGAAGAUGUUCAAUAA